AUGACAACCCAGGCCCGGAAUCAGGUCAUCAACGCGCCAUCAGACGAGGCUCCCCGCAACGCUACAUCAGUCUUUCUCGCCGGCACCACCAGCAGAGUCGACGCUCGCGACUGGCGUGAGGUUAUAUGUACCGCACUCUCUGACACGCCCGUGACAAUCUAUAACCCCUACCGCGCUGAUUGGGAUAGCUCGUGGCGCGAGGACAUCAAUUUCGCUCCCUAUCGCGAACAGGUGGAGUGGGAGCUCGAAAAGCAGGAGAGGGCCAACAUUGUCGUUGUUUACUUCCACCCGUCUACCCAGGCACCGGUCAGCUUGCUCGAGUUCGGGCUCUGUGCGCGGACGCCAGGAAAGGCCAUCGUUGUCUGUCCCGAGGGGCGAGAGUAUGCCCGGAUAAUCAACAGGCCGGAUGAGCUCGAAAAAUGUCAAGAUCGCGCUUCAAUGCUUCCAUCCUCAACGAUGUACCGUUCAAUUCCGGCCCUCCUUGCGAAGAACAAGCAAGUGAUCAUAAAAGGGAGCGAUGUUUCGUACCGGGUCCUCAAAACACUGGGGGACUACAACUUUCAGGCUUCAAUUCAGGAAAAUGAAAGCUCGCAGACCACUCCAUCACAACCUAAAAGUGUAAAUCCCUACAGCUUGGUGGUUAUGAAGACAGGACUUACUCCCGCCCUAUACCAGCGAGAAUUGGAUUUUUACAAAUUAAAUUGCAUUCGCUCUUCCCCCUAUAUACAGCCGAUUCGAGAGAUCAUCGAUAAUGAGGAGGACAGAUGCAUGGUAUUCGAUUCCAUGGGCUGUCACCUUCCGGCAGCGAGGGAACAGAUGUACGAACGGGGUCCUGUAUUUAUAGCAGCUCUAGCGAAGUCACUCCUCGAAGCCGUCAAGGUAUUUUCAGAUAUGGACGGGAAGGGUCCCCAUGUGCAUACAGAUAUCCAACCAUAUAAUAUUACCGUCUCAGAUGCCAAUGCAUGGAAUCUCUCGAUUAAACUAGGAAACCUUUCAAGGAUGAUUGCUUCUGGGAGUAUCGCCCCCUUCCCAGUACAGAGGCGUUCGAUUCGGGCUCCUGAGAUUUGGAAAGGAGGGUUGGUCACACCCGCUUGUGACGUUUGGUCUGUUGGCGUUUGCCUAGCACAAGCCCUUAUACCUCCAACCCGACCACUCUUUGGGAACCUGGACUUCGUCGGUCUUCGUGGGUUUGCUUAUAUUAAAGUAGAUGAAGCUGCCUGGUGUAUUGGCAAAAUCAUCCGGCUUCUUGGCCCUCUAAAACGAGACGAGUUACGAAAACAUAAGGAAGAAUUUGAUCUUGCGGAGACCCUAGCGGAGAAUGGGAGUUUCGAACUUGGCACUCUUGAAGAAGAGCUUGCUAAAAUCGAUCUUCCUCCAGAUUGCAUCGCGUUCAUUCGAUAUCUUCUAGAUACAGACCACACGACGAGGCCUACAGCGAAGGAAGCACUACGCCAUCCGUGGCUUAAGAUUGCGGAUAAAAAGCCCCCAAUAUAUGAAGCGUUUGGACAAACGGAAGUCGACAUCAACCCUGCUGGAUUUACCGGGCAAUUUGAAAGCCACACCUCGCACUGUAUCAUCAUAUCUCACACCCUUAUCACCGAAAUGUUCCUCCCCCAAAUGACCUUACCCGAAUAA